GGCCGGUUCCGCCUCCUUCCCGCGUCUCUCAGUGCCGCGGAGGGGUGUCUUGGCACUGGUUCGCCGGCCUGUGGGGCCCGGGGUUACCGCGGAGCCAUGGCGCAGCGGAGGGCGGUGGAGCGUGGGCCUUGCCAAGGGACGGCGGAGAGCGCCCGGUACCAGCGGCAGCUUCUAGAAGGGAAAGCUCAAGCAGAAGGUGGAUCAGCUCGGACAUCACUCCUUAUUUUAGUGUCCAUCUUCUUAUCAGCUGCUUUCCUUAUGUUCCUGGUAUAUAAAAACUUUCCACAACUUAGUGAAGAAGAAAGAGAAUGUAUCAAGGUUCCUAGAGAUAUGGAUGAUGCGAAAGCCUUGGGAAAAGUCCUGUCCAAAUAUAAAGACACGUUUUAUGUUCAAGUGUUAGUGGCUUAUUUUGCCACAUAUGUUUUCUUGCAAACAUUUGCUAUUCCUGGGUCUAUUUUUCUCAGUAUCCUGUCAGGAUUUCUUUAUCCCUUUCCACUGGCCUUAUUUCUUGUUUGUCUGUGCUCAGGACUUGGAGCUUCAUUUUGUUACAUGCUUUCAUACCUAGUGGGACGUCCUGUGGUAUACAGAUAUUUAACAGAAAAAGCAGUAAAAUGGUCAGAACAGGUUGAACGGCACCGAGAACACCUCAUUAACUACAUCAUAUUUUUGAGAAUAACACCUUUUCUCCCCAAUUGGUUUAUCAAUAUAACAUCUCCUGUAAUAAAUGUGCCUUUGAAAGUGUUUUUCAUUGGCACUUUCCUAGGUGUGGCACCACCUUCUUUUGUAGCUAUUAAGGCAGGAACAACGCUCUACCAACUGACAACAGCAGGGGAAGCUGUUUCCUGGAACUCUGUUUUUGUUCUCAUGAUUCUAGCCAUCCUUUCCAUCCUACCAGCUGUAUUCCAGAAGAAACUGAAACAGAAAUUUCAAUAAGGAUCAAACUGGACCAGAAUUCCCACAUCCUUCAUCUCAGGAUCAGCACUUCUGAUAUUUGUAUAUUUGCUUUUAUAUUGGAUCUUAAGCAAUUAAAGGGGAGGUUUGAUAAGAAUGUCUUUAAAUGAACACAUGGCCUAAAAUUGAAGGAACUGUGUUCAGAAAUGUACUGCAUAUAGUUUUGUAACCAAGCCAUCGGUGUUAUACUUUGGUAGGCUGUGUUUGUGGCCUUUGAGAUAAGGGAAGUGAGAACACAAAUGUCACAUUUUGCUCUGAUUAUUUGCGGAGCAAAAAUUGUAAUGUAGAUAUAAAUGACAGAUACUGCUUUCUAAAACUUGCAGGAAAAAAGCCCUUAAUUCAGUCCAGUUUUGUAACAUUGUCUUUACGCUCAUGUGUGAUCUGGUCUGAGUACAUUUCUCAUCAACUAUAUUUUUCUUCUUUGGUUUUUUUUUUGCCUUUGGGAGUUCCAGAUUAAUAGUAUAAUAUAACAACGGUGCUCACUCAGUCAAAGUUUUUUCACAGUACUUAAACUACAAUGACAUUCUCAUCCUGGUUGUUUACUUAUAUUUAUUAGUGCUGUAUGGAUUGAAAUACUUGAACCUACAUCUGCUUUACUAACUGGAUUAACAAAGGCAGUGUCAUAUUGUUCCCUCUUGUCCUCUGGAAAGUUUUAUUCUGGGAGAAGAUCUAGGAAGGUGAAGAGUGGGUUAGAAUUUUUAUUGUGGCUGGCUGCUGAUUUUGAAGUUCUAGUUUUAAUUUUUUUGUGUUGAUCAUUUUGUCAGUCUUCAUACAUGUAUUCUGCCAAUUUAAGAAAGUGAUUGAAUGAUUAUAUAAAACUUUCAGCUCACAAGUGAUUGAAAAAAAUGUUUAAGCAGUGUAAUAUCGCCACUUCUCAAGCAAUAUGUAGAGUGUAAGAUUUUUCCAUUGCAGCUCAAUUAGCUGGAAGAAAUGUCAGGUACACAAAUUGGUGCAGUUCUUAUUAAUAAGAGCUGAUUUUGAAUAAUGUUCAAAGCAUCACGUAAGAGAAGGAUCUUGGGUCAGUGUAUAUACGUUAAAAGGAUGGUUCCAUUGUCUGUAAGUCAGUAGCUGGCAGUGGACAGCCAGGUGUGAUACUCCUUUAAGUAGAAGUACAUAUGUUCAUUCAAUAAGGUAUACAAUACCUCCCUUUGUAUGCUUGUAACUGUUGUAGUUUCUUGUAUUGUCAGUGGAAUCCUAUAAAAUGAGGCCCCGAUCAGCAAGGAACUGGGCUGCACGUUUAAGUUUUACCCUGGUGAAACCAGUGCUACUUAUAUGCUUUAAGUUUGUGCUCCAGAAGUCUAUUGCUGAAAGGGGAGUUGAUACAUUAGCCCAUGCUCCAAUCAAGGGUUUAUUUGUAUGUUUCCUGUUAUCCAUAUGAUAGGUUGUUGAUGUGAGUCAAGUUCCUUAAAUGUGAUAAUGUUAAAGGUACUUGUACCUUUAAAGGGUUUUGUUCUUGUUAUACCAUAAUGUUAAUUGACUCCAUUUCAUCACAGUAUUACAUGUAAAUAUAUAGUAAAUAUUAUUGAUA